UGGGGGUCCUUGCCAGGGAGCAGGAUGGGGGGAGGGGGCAGAAGUGAGGUCCCCCAGCUCAUGGUGUGGAAGGCUGAUCCAAGAAGGCGUCCCUUAUCAGUGGGCACCAUGUACUGCCAACCUGAGGGAGGGGGAAGGGAGGGAGAAUCUCCCAACCCCGUUAUCAGCCCAGAGUCCAUGGGGACGGUUUUCAGGUUAAAGUGUAACCAGAUCCCCCCAUUCACCACCCUUCCCUCGUGCCUAGGUCACACUAUUCUAGGGGUGUCUGGACAAACAUGGCGGCUUGUGGAAGGGAAUCUGGGAGGAGGCACACUCCAGAUCCUCUGCUCCUGGCCCUGAGGCUGGGGCCUUUCUCUGCCUCCUGCACUCUCUACUUUCUGCUCUGGCUGCCGUCAGAUGAACCCAGCUGGACCAGUGCCCUGGUGAAAUGCCUCCCUGUCCUCUGUCUGGCACUCUUAGUCCAUACCACUGCCCACUGGGGACCCUAUGGCCGGUUCAUCCGGGAAGGCCUCCUCUGCUCCGCCCUGGGUGACGUCUUCCUUAUCUGGCCCAACCGGUUCCUCUUUGGCAUGACGGCUUUCGCUGCGGCUCAUCUCCUCUACGUCAGGGCCCUGGGCUGGCUCCCGCUCCGGCCGGUCCUCCUGGAGUCUGUGCUGGCCGCCUUCGGCCUCUACUUGGGGCUCCUGCAGCCUCACCUCCAGUCCAGCCUGCGUGUCGCCGUGUUUGUCUACGCGGCCGUCCUGGGUCUGAUGCUGUGGCGGGCCCUGGCCCGAGGGAGACUUGCUGCGCUCGGCGGCCUCUUCUUCAGCGUCUCGGACGCCGUCCUGGCCUGGGACACCUUCGUCCGGCCUCUGCCUGCGGGCCGUCUGAUCGUCAUGGUCACCUACUACGCCGCCCAAGCCCUGCUGGCUCUGUCCGCAGCGGAGCGCAGGGCCCCCCCCAGCUGACUGAGCUCGACGGCUCCCGCAAAGACGAGAUGCCAGGGCGGAGCUGCCCCUUGCCGGGCCCUAGCAGACCAGCAACUUGGAGCUGGGCGCAGGGCUUUUCCGGGAGCCCUCCUGCCGGCUCAUCACCGUCCGGCACUUGUCUCCCCGUUAAACACAAGCCCUCCUAGGGGCCCCCCACUUAUUCGCAAUCCCUCCUUUCCCAUGCUGGUGCUUCCCCAUCCUUACUCACGGCCCCUUUCGUUCCAGUAUUACCUCCACUGCCCAAGAGCCCCACGACUGAAAUUCUUUCUCCCCACUGCCCACACUUCCCUCCCCACCCCCGUUGGAGGGCUCCUCCUCUAAGUCCCUGACGUGAUGCCAGCCCUCCUUAUCUACACCACCACGUUCCCCGCGCCUAGUAAAGUUGAGAGUGAAAA